UGGCUUUGUUAAUUGUCACCUUGCUUUCUUUAAUUCGUUGUUAUAGCCAUCGGAUCCGACAGAGAUGGCGGCAGCUUAGUUGAAUCACAUCAAGAUUCUCGCCUUCGAUCUCUUUCUUUAAUCGUUCCCUUUAAUUUCCCUGAUCUUUUCCGGGCAAAUUGGCUGCCAUGGCGACGUUAGCUCGGCUCCGUCACUCCGCCGUCGCUGCCCUUUCCCGGAAUUUGAGUCCUCCAACUCGUCAAUUUUUCUCCGGCCGAAACCCCAUUUUUUCCGGCGACUGUACUUCUUCCCAGAAGGCCGUUUCCAGUUUUUCUAAGCAAUCAAACUUGCGUUCCCUGCUUGAAUCUCGCGGCUUUUGCUCGGAAGCUGGAAGACGGAGUAGUUUCCGACCCGCGGCGGCUUUUCUGGCGGGGUGGAGAUCCCGGGUCGCCGCCGAUCCACAGUUCCCUUUCAAGGUGGCUAUGGAGCAAUUGGUGGGCGUUAGUGCCUGCGUCGCCGGAGACAUGGCGACCCGGCCCAAUUUCGGCCUCAACGAGCUGGAUUUCGUCUUCUCCACUCUAAUCGUCAGCUCAAUUCUCAACUUUGUUCUAAUGUAUAUCCUAGCGCCGACCCCAUCGGCGACCCAAUCUCUGCCGUCCAUCUUCGCCAACUGUCCCCGGAGCCACAUGUUCGAGCCGGGCAACUACGGCCCGUUCCUCCGCCUGGGCACGUUCGUUUACAAGGGAGCCCUAUUCGCCGCCGUGGGGUUCUGCGCGGGGCUGGUGGGAACCGCCAUCUCCAACGGGCUGGUGAAGAUGAGGAAGGAGAUGGAUCCGGGGUUCGAGGCGCCGAACAAGCCGCCGCCGACGAUCCUCAACGCGGCUACCUGGGCAAUUCAGAUGGGGGUUAGCAGUAAUUUGAGGUACCAAGCGUUGAACGGGAUCGAAUUCUGGAUGGCGAAGGCGGUUCCGCCAUUGGUGUUUAGGAGCUCCGUGGUGGUGAUACGAUGUUUGAAUAACGUUGUCGGAGGAAUGUCGUUUGUUAUGUUGGCUAGGCUCACGGGUUCUCAGAGUGUAGCGAAUCAAGAAAAAGAAAAGGUAACUGCCCCCCAGUGAUGAUUUAUUAGCCAUGCUAUGUUAGCUUAAUUGCUUCGCUCUUCUUUCUAUUUUUCGUUUUUCAUCAUGUACUGGUAUUUAUAUCUCCCGAAAUAAUAAGGCUAAUGUAAUCAAGUCUAGUCUAAAUGGAUCAUGAUGGUUUCGCAACCUAAGACGGUUAGUUGGUUAGCCAACAUUAUUUGCGUCG